AUGUUCCUGCGUUUUUCUUUCUUUCUUUCUUUCUUUCUUUCUUUCUUUCUUUUUUUCUUUCUUUCUUUCUUUCUUUUCAGUCAAGUCAGACUUUCUUUCUCUCUAACCUUUCUCUACGUUCCUCCAUUUCAUAUUCAUUUUUUUCUACUUUUCAUUUUUACUUUUCCUUGUUUUUCUCAUUCGUUCACUUAUUCAGUCAAUUUCUUUCCUUUUGUCCUUCUUUCUACCUUUCUUUCUUUCUUUCUUUCUUUCUUUCUUUCUUUUUUAUUAAUUUUCCUUUCUUUCGUUCUUCCUAGGUAUUUAUCCAAUCUUUCAUUUCAAAGUGGCUUAUUGUCUUUAUUUCUUUCUUUUUCGGAUUCGAUUCUUUCUUUCUUUCUUUCAUUUUCUCCUUCUUUAUUCUUUCUUUCUUUAUAUCUUUUUUGUUCUUUCUUUCUUUCUUUCAUUACGUUUCCGAUUUGUUGCUUGUUUUCUCUUUUGAUUAAUUACUUUCUUUUUUAUCUUAUUCUUUCCUUUUUCUCAUUCCUUUUUUCUUUCUUUCAUUAUUUUUCUAAUUAUUUCUUUUCUCAUUCUUUUCUUUUCCAAUUCUUUCUUUUCUCAUUCUUUUUUAUUAUUCUUUUCUUUUUUCAUUUCUUUCUUUUUUCCUUCUUUCUUUAUUUUUCUCCUUUCUUUUCUCAUUCUUUUAUUUUCUUUUUCUUUCUUUCUUUCUCAUCCUUUUCUUUUUCUGGUUCCUUUCUUUUUCUUUCUUUCUUUAUUUUUCUCAUUCUUUCUUUUCUCCUUUUUUUUCAUUCUUUUCUUAUUUUUCUUCUCUCAUUCUUUCUUCUUUCUUUCUUUAUUUAUUUUUCAUUCUUUCUUUUCUCAUUCUUUUCUCAUUCUCUUCUCAUUCUUGCUUUAUUGUUCGAAUUGAUUUCUUUCUUUCUAAUUGAAUAA